UGUAGUCAGUCAUGGGAGGAUUUUCAAUGAACGUAGAAUUUAUAUAUUUUGUUUUUAAUAAAAUUAGUAUCGUAUUAAAAAAUAUUUAUUUUUUCACACACAAAUAUCCCGUUGAUAAUCAUUUACCGUUGUAUCAUGGAUUUUGAAAAAUUAAUAUUAGGAAUAGACAUAGGAACGAGUUCAGUGAAAAUGUCACUUUUAGACAGCUGCACUUCAAAAUCUAUUUAUGUCAAAUCGGUCUCGACUACUGCAAAAAUUAAUCCUAGUCAUCAAAAAGGUGACGAGCAAGAUGUUAUCAAAAUUUUGAAAGCACUGCAAGAUUGCUUAAAGUCACCAGGAAAAAUGAUGGAAAAGGUAAAAGCAAUUGGUAUUUGUGGUCAAAUGCAUGGAAUAGUUUUCUGGAAUGAGCAAUUUGUACAAAACUUUUGGGAUAGUGAGUUCCUAAACAAAACCGAUAAAUUUGUAUCUAAUUUAUAUACAUGGCAAGAUGCACGUACAGAUUUACAGUUUUUGAGUAAGCUGCCAAAACCUCAUUCUCAUUUAAAGGCAUACUCAGGUUACGGAUGUAAUACCAUUUUUUGGUUAAAAGAAAAUCAACCAGAAAUAUUGGAAAAUUUUAAUCAUUGCGGUACAAUUCAAGAUUUAAUUGUAUCAAUACUUUGCAAUCAAGAAAAACCAGUCAUGUCUACUCACAAUGCAGCAAGUUGGGGAUAUUUUGAUGUAAUCAACUGUUCCUGGAAUAUAGAUAUUUUAGCAGAAGCAGGUUUUCCAGUCCAUCUGUUACCAUUAGUCGUAAAGCCUGGAAUAAUCGUUGGGACAUUAUAUGAAACAAUUCAUCAUAUACCAAAAGGCACAGUUGUUGGUGUUGCUCUUGGUGAUUUGCAAUGUUCAGUUAUAGCCACAUUAACCACAAUGACAGAUGCUGUUAUUAACAUUUCAACAUCUGCUCAAGUUGCAUUUAUAGCCAAAGAAAUUGAAACACAAUGUGAUGGUGUUGAAUAUUUUCCAUAUUUUGAUAAUCACUUCUUGGCAGUAGCAGCUUCUUUGAAUGGUGGAAAUGUUGUAGACUCUUUUGUUAGAUCUGUGUUUAACUGGGUAUCUGCUCUUGGAUUGACAAUAACUAAAGAUGAAUUAUGGAAUCGAUUGUUACAUUUGUCACCUGAAGAACAUUUGACAACUCUAAUAGUAAACCCUUUAAUUUUUGGUGAAAGACACAAUCCAACAACUUAUGGAUCAUUAAUUAAUAUUACAAAUGAUAACUUCACAUUAUCAGAAUUGUUUUCAGGUUUUUGUAAAGGUCUCAUUAAUAAUUUAAUCAAAAUGAUGCCAAGAGAAUUGUUAUUGAAAGCUGGAAUUAAAAGAAUCAUAGGUACAGGAUCAGUCAUAACUAAAAACCAUAUAAUAAAAAAAGAAAUAGAAACCUGUUUUAACCUUCCACUCAGUGUAACAAUGUCAGAAGAUUCUGCUUUUGGUGCUGCUUUAGCAAUACUGAAGAAUAAUCCUUCAAUACUUAAUUAGAAUUAGAUGUCUUCAGUUUUUUAUAUAUAAAAAUAAAUAUACAUGUUUUCAGUGUACA